UCCGAGCCAUGGCCCCGCCGCUCCUGCCGCCGCUCCUGCCGCUCCUGCCGCUGCUGCUGCUGCCGGCCCGCGGCUCCGGUGCCGGGCUGGAGGAGAAGCUCCCGCACGUCGAGAGGUACGAGACGGUGCUGCCGCGGGAGCUGCCGCUGCCCCGGGGGAAGAGGGACCUCUCUGCGCCUCCGAGCACCUACCCAGGCCACGUCCUCUACGGCAUCCAUGCCGAAGGCAGGGAAUAUCUCCUGUGGCUGGAGAAGAACAGGGCCCUGCUGGGGCAGCACUACACCGAGACUCACUACUCGGCCAAUGGCACGGAGAUCACGGAGAAGCCGGACACCCAGGAUCACUGCUUCUACCAGGGCCGCGUGCGGGGACACCCCGACUCGGCAGCGAGCAUCAGCACCUGCAGCGGGCUCAGUGGGUUUUUCCGGGUGAAUGAGACCACCUUCCUGCUGGAGCCGCUGGAGGGGGCGGUGGCCGGCCGGCACGCCGUGUACCGAGCAGCUCACCUGCGGGGGAAACGCGGCACCUGCCGGGAGCCCGGCACCACCCUGGAGUACGACCGCGAGCCCAAAAUCCCCGCGGCCAUGAAGCUCUACCGCUGGAGGUCGGGUCCGAUACAAAAGGGUCCCCGGUACGUGGAGCUGGUCCUGGUGGCGGACAACCAGGAGUUCAGGAAGCACAAGGAUCUCCGCACCGUGCAGAACCGCAUGAAGGAAAUCGUGAACCACGUGGACAAGCUCUACCAGCCCCUUCGCCUGCGGGUGGCCUUGAUUGGCCUGGAGGUGUGGAACCACAGGGACAAAAUCACAGUCAGCCCCAACCCCGAGGUGACACUGGACAACUUCCUGCACUGGCGGGAGUCGGAGCUGCUGCGGAAGAAGCCCCACGACAACGCCCAGCUGAUCACGGGCGUCGAUUUCCACGGCAACACCGUGGGGCUGGCCAAGAAGCUGGUGAUGUGCACCAGAGACUCGGGCGGCGUCAACCAGGAUCACAGCACGAACCCCAUCGGCGCCGCAUCCACCAUGGCUCACGAGAUGGGGCACAACCUGGGCAUGUCUCACGACGAAGACGUCGCCGGCUGCCGCUGCCCCAUCCCCAAAGCUGACGGGGGGUGUGUCAUGGCAGGGAGCGUUGGGCUGGUUUACCCCAAGCUCUUCAGCCGGUGCAGCGAGCAGGACAUGUGGCAGUUCCUGGGGGACCCUCGCACCAGCUGCCUGCUGAACGCGCCGCGGGCGGACGAGCUGUACGGGGGGCCGGUGUGUGGGAACCAGUUUGUGGAGCGGGGAGAGCAGUGUGACUGCGGCACUCCAGAGGAGUGCUCGGACCGCUGCUGCAAUGCCACCACGUGCCAGCUGAGAGAGGGAGCCGAGUGUGCCCGAGGGGAAUGCUGCCAGGAUUGCAAGGUGAAGGCUGCAGGAGCGCUCUGCCGGGCCAGCAAGAACGACUGCGACCUUGCCGAGCACUGCAGCGGCCUCAGCGCCGAGUGUCCGGAGGAUGUGUUCCAGGAGAACGGCAUCUCCUGCCAGCACGGCAAUGGCUACUGCUACAACGGGGCCUGCCCUUCGCACGGCGAGCAGUGCCGGGCGCUCUGGGGCGCAGAGGCGCAGGUGGCUCCUGACGUCUGCUUCAAGCACAACAGCGAGCAGCACGUUCACCUGCACUGCCUCACCGAGUACGGGAAGCAGCCCUGCAGCCCCAAGGAUGUCAAGUGCGGCACGCUGCUGUGCCUGAGCGACAGCGCCCAGCCCAUCCUCGGCAGCGGCUACUACUCCUUCGGCUACUUCUUCGGCCGCUUCAAGUGCAAGGCGGUGAUCGCGGGCAGCGACGCCGGCGAGGCGGCCGAGCUGCGGCUGGUGCCCACCGGAGCCAAGUGCGGGGAGGAGAUGGUCUGCUACGCCGGGCGCUGCCAGAACCUCCUGGUCUACGGCGACAAGAACUGCUCGGCCAAGUGCAACAACCACGGGGUGUGCAACCACAGGCGGGAGUGUCACUGCGACCCCGGCUGGGCAGCGCCCUACUGCGAGCAGGAGAUUUCGGGGAUAGCCGCGGGUACGUCCCGAGGAGGGGGAGCCUGGGGAAGGGCUGGCCCCGGCGGGGAGGCGCAGCUCCGUCCCCAAGCGCCCGGGUUUGUCCCCACAGGGAGCGGCAGCGUGGUGCUGGCGGCCGUGCUGGCCGUGCUGGCCCUGGCCGGCAUCGGGCUGGGCAGCGGCGUGGUGCUCCUCAGAGCCAGGGCGGCGCGGCGCUCCCACAAAGGGAGCUCCGGCGGGACUCCCUCGGGCCUCGCCAACCCGCUGUUCCAGGAGGGAGGCCGGACGCGGCCGGGCCGCCGCCAGCUGUCCGGCCGGGACAUCGGCCAGCCCAGCCUGGUCAGCAGCACCGCGGCCCCGCGGGCUGCCCGGGCACACAGCCCCCUGCACCCGGGUCUCUCCUCCCGCCAGGCGAAGCCGAAGCCGCCCAGCAAACCUCUCCCAGCGCUGAAGGGCAAAGUGCCGAGCAGCGGCGAGGGACCGGCCCUGCCACCGCCAGCCUUUCAGCGGUGUCCCCCGCCGAAGGUGGCCCUGAAGCCUCCCCCAGGCAGGAGGUGACCAAGGAUGCUCCAUCCGCCACGGCGGCCGGCACAGGAGCGGCACAGCUGGGUGGGUGGCACAGCUGGGCAGUCACCGUCUCGCUUCCACCCUUACUUGAAUUGCUGGCCGGACCCUCGGACCCUGCCCGGGGUGGGCACCAGUGUUUACAGAUCCUCCAGUUGUGCCUUAAUGGACUCGGCAGCCUCACGGCUGUCCCCGGGGGAGCCGUCAGCAGGAGACCAGCAGCGGGGACAGUGGCAGCUCCGGUUUGGAGGGCUGCCCCACGUUGGCCCAGGCUCUCCUGCACCCUGGGAGCUGCUGCCUUCUCUCCCGACAUCCUGAAUGUGUCCUGCUCCUCCUGCCCUUCCCUGCUGGGGCUGCGGAGAGGAGCUCCUGGCAUGAGGGGGCAGGAAGAGCCCCGGGAACACAGCCCUGGCCUGGGGACAUCACACGGGGGGAAUGUCACCAGGGGCUGCGGCAGGUCCAAGCUGGGCUUGGCCUCCCCACGGGGCUUUCAUCUCUGGAGUUAUUCCUUGAGUUAUUGUUCGAAAGGGAAUUCCCUGGGAGCCUUUUUACCGCAGCCAUUUAUUUAUGACCCUUAUGUGACCAUUUUGAGCCACUUGCUGUAAAACCAGGCUUCCCAUUUUUUGAUAUAAUUUAGUUCAAGGCUUUUAUACUAAUAAAGAAUGAAGGUAGAGGUGU